GAACGAAAGAAGAUUUGCAAUCAAUUGCGUUUAACGAUUUAAUUGAUUUUAGAUUUUUGCAAGAAAUUGUUGAAGAUUAACGGUAUUAACUAAACAGCAUCAAAAUGUUUGCUCUCAGCCGUAAUGUCAGCAAUGUAGCCAAAACUGCCGUACGCGGUAAACAUACCUUACCCUCAUUGCCCUAUGACUAUGCUGCCUUAGAGCCCAUUGUCUGCCGUGAGAUUAUGGAAUUGCAUCACACCAAACAUCACCAGACCUAUGUCAAUAAUUUGAAUGCUGCCGAAGAACAAUUGGCUGAAGCUAAGAGCAAAAAUGAUGUCACCAAAAUUAUUAGCUUAGCUCCUGCUUUGCGUUUCAAUGGUGGUGGCCAUAUUAAUCACUCAAUUUUCUGGCAAAAUCUUACACCCGAAAAAACCCAACCUUCAGCUGACUUGAAGAAAGCCAUUGAGGAACAAUUUAAGGGUUUUGAUCAAUUCAAAAAAGAAAUGACUGCCUUGACAGUAGCUGUUCAGGGUUCCGGCUGGGGUUGGUUGGGUUACAAUAAGAAAACCCAAAAGUUGCAAAUUGUGGCCAUGCCCAACCAAGAUCCCUUGGAGGCUAGCACUGGUUUAAUUCCCCUCUUUGGCAUUGAUGUUUGGGAACAUGCCUAUUACUUGCAAUACAAAAAUUUGCGUCCUUCUUACGUCGAAGCCGUUUGGGAUAUUGCCAAUUGGAAUGAUAUCUCUAAACGUUUUGCUGAUGCCCGCAAAUAAACUUUAACAGCGCAGGCGUUGUUUUCGUGUUCUUAAACAAAGCAACAAUCCAAAACACACUUUAUAACAACAUCUUAAUGCUAAUUAAUAUAUUAUUUAAACAAUUAGGUAUUUAAUCACUAGAUCUUUGUAAAAGAUUUAAAAUAAAAGUAAAUACGCGUCGA